UCUCUCUCUUGGCUGGAAGCAGCUGGAUUGGAGUAGCUCAAAGUUGCCCUGCUGCCCGGGCGGGGCCUCUCUCUGUUAGGAACUGGGCAGGGAGGGUGCCUGCUCUCGCCCGACCUGGCUGUGCUUUGAAGGCGCGCACAGAGAGAGAGAGAGAGAGAGAGAGAGAGAGAGAGAGAGAAACACACUCACUCACUCGCAGGGAGAGGAGGAGACCCACACGCCUCCUUCUCUGGCUCCCUCCCCCUUCUCUCCCUCCUUCUCUGGCUCCGCUCCCUUUCCCGGCCGUCUCCUCCCUCCCUCCUUCCCUCCCCUUCCCUCCUCUUCCCUUCCCCCAGAGGCACCGCUGGAGAAGAGGGCGGACGCCUGUGUGUGUUUUCUUUUCCCCGGGUUGUUGUCCUCUCCUCCUCGGCCCCAGAGAGAGACUGAGAGGGAGAGAGCAGGAAUCCGCCUCGGUCUCUGCGCUCGCCUCGGGCGCAGCCAUGAGCGGCGGGGAGGUGGUCUGCUCGGGAUGGCUCCGCAAGUCGCCUCCGGAGAAGAAGUUGAAGCGCUACGCAUGGAAGAGGAGAUGGUUUGUGCUCCGCAGCGGUCGACUGACAGGGGAUCCAGAUGUCCUGGAAUACUACAAAAAUGACCAUGCCAAGAAACCAAUUCGAAUCAUUGACUUGAAUUUGUGUCAGCAAGUGGAUGCUGGAUUGACAUUUAACAAAAAAGAAUUUGAAAACAGUUAUAUUUUUGACAUUAACACCAUAGAUAGAGUCUUCUACCUAGUGGCUGACAGUGAAGAGGAAAUGAAUAAGUGGGUUCGAUGUAUUUGUGACAUCUGUGGGUUCAAUCCUACUGAAGAAGAUGCUGUGAAGCCACCUGGCAGUUCUGUGCCAGCCGCAACUGAAUUACCCUUAACUGUCAAUACCUCCCUGCCAUCUGCACAACCUGAACCGUCGCUACCACCUCCGUAUCAGCUGAUUAACAUCCCACCCGUCGAAUCUGCCUCAAGUCAAGAAGAUCCACAAGACUACUUGCUACUGGUUAACUGUCAGAGCAAGAAGCCAGGACCACCAAGCUCUUACAUUCUCUCAGAAGAAGGGGAGGAGUAUUUACUGCUGGAGGAUUUUGAAAGUAAAAAAGUUCCUUUGCAGUCACAGGCUGAUGCAUCAAAAGCAGCUUUUUCUGAAACAGACUGCAAUGAUAAUGUGCCUUCUCAUAAAACAUCUGUUCAAUCAUUGAAUAAGCAUACAGUGAAUGGAUUUUUUCAACAGCCAAGUGUGUAUGACUCUCCCCCACCAAGGGCUACCUCAGUGUCAGUAGAUGGUAGCCUUUAUAACCUUCCAAGGAGUUAUUCACAGGAUGUUUUACCGAAGGCUUCUCCAUCUGCAACUGAUGCAGAUGGAGAGCAACAUGUUUUCAGUGCCCCGUCUGUUCCCUCUUCUCUUGAUGCUCAAAUGAGGCACUUUUCCAUUAGUUAUGACAUUCCACCCACACCUGGAAGUACCUACCAGAUCCCACGGACUUUUCCAGAAGGAUCGUUGGCUCAGAGUUCAAAGCUUGAGACCAUUCCAGAUGUUCCUCCACCUCGGCCACCAAAACCUCAUUAUUCUUCAGACCGCUCACCUGUGGAAGCAUCUAGUAUCUCCCGUACUUCCUCAGACACUGAUAGCAGCUACUGCGUCCCUACGGGGAGCAUGCCCCCCUCACGCAGCAACACUAUUUCCACCAUGGAUUUCAAUAUAUUCCGUAGAGAUAUUGGAUCUCAAGAUUGCUAUUUUGUUCCACGAACAUUUGCGAAUGACAGAUCAAGUUCACUGGAAGGCUUCCAAAACCACUUUAAAAACAAAAGCCUACUAACUGUGGGAAGUGUUUCAAGUGAAGAGCUUGAUGAAAAUUACGUCCCCAUGAACCCAAAUUCUCCUCCACGGCAGCAUUCGAGCAGUUUCACUGAACCAAUUCAAGAAAUGACGAACUAUGUGCCAAUGACUCCGGGCACCUUUGACUUUUCGCUGUUUGGAAUGCAAGUCCCUCCACCAGCACACAUGGGCUUUCGGUCUAGUCCGAAGACUCCUCCCAGAAGGCCAGUCCCUGUUGCAGAAUGUGAACCACCGCCCGUGGAUAGGAACCUCAAGCCAGACAGGAAAGGUCAGAGCCCUAAAAUUUUAAGACCUAAACACCAUGGUUUAGAGCGAACAGAUUCACAAACAAUAGGUGAAUUUACUGCAAGAAGAAAGGUAAAACCAGCACCACUGGAAAUAAAACCUCUCCCUGAAUGGGAAGAAUUGCCAGCUCCAGUUAGAUCUCCCAUCACCAGAAGUUUUACACGAGAUUCCUCCAGGUUUCCAUUAUCGCCUCGGCCAGAUUCCGUUCACAGCACAACAUCUAGUAGUGACUCACAUGACAGUGAAGAAAAUUAUGUAGCCAUGAAUCCAAAUCAGUCCAGUGAUGAUCCAACUUUGUUUGGAAGUAAUAGUCUUGAUGGAGGAAGCAGCCCUAUGAUAAAACCAAAAGGAGACAAGCAAGUGGAAUAUUUAGAUUUGGAUUUGGACUCCGGGAAAUCUACCCCUCCUCGCAAGAAGAAGAGCAGUGGUUCUGGCAGCAGUGUUCCUGACGAAAGAGUUGAUUACGUUGUGGUUGACCAACAAAAAACUUUAGCACUGAAGAGUACGCGGGAAGCUUGGACUGAUGGCAGGCAAUCUACAGAAUCUGAAACUCCAAUAAAAAGUGUAAAAUGAAAGAGCUCAUCCCUUUAUUAUCCUAUUGAAAUGUUCAUAAAAAGUGCUGCAGUUAUGCCAUGGUAUGACAGAAAAGGACUGGGUUAUACUUUUUUUCCCAAACAUACAAAAUCAAGAUGUCAGCAGUGAGAUAAAAUAGUAACCUGUAUGAUUGGGUGAACUGUAUGAUGUGUAAUAUGUAUGUGUAAAAUAGUAUUGAUUAGGUCCCAGAAAACAGUUUGGCCUGAAGUUAAUACAUUUGUAGUAUUACAAUGGUUUAUGCACUUUUUUCCUGUUGAAAUGUUGGAUCAGCUUUCCCUAUCUAAUGUAUUUUAACACUUUUCUCCCCUUUGACACUACUCAAUAACAUUCUAGGAAGUAAGCUACUUGUAUCAUAUUAAAGUUAAGAUUUGAAGUGCAUUUUAAUAGUUCAGUACUAAUUAGUAAGAGAUAGUUUCACAGUUUUAAUCUACUUGAAAUGUCAAAAAUGAUUUGUUAAAUACCUAUGUUUUGUAUUUAAUACAUGCAAAGAAUAUCUGGAAGUCUACAGGUUACCUUCCUAACACAAAUGGCUGUGAGUUAGUCUUUAUGGGUUUUAGGAUUUACCCUUCUGUCUUUUGUAUGCAAUAGCACACUAAUAGGGGCACUCCUAGUGCAUUUUCACUGAUGACAGUGUUCAUUGUUCAGAGAGUGAGGAUUCUGCAGGGAGGGAUCUUUGCACUGAAGAAUUAAACACAAUACAAUCCCGCACACUGACAAUGGUGUGUAGUAUAAGUGAUCUCAACACUUUAAUUGCAAGCCACAACUUUUACAUUAUUUACAGAAGGUAGAAACUUUAGCAUCAGGUACGUACUCUAGCACUAUGGUGCUAACACAAUUAUCAGGUUUGAACAAUACAUUUUUAGUUUUGUACUGCUGCCAAGCCUUAGUAUUGGUUUUUGAUAUGAAAAUAAAUGAAACAGUUUGACAUUCACUGUUUGUAGUACUAGAAGAUACUGUGAUAUUUUUCUGUUUAAAUUAGAUUGCAAUUCAGAUGGAAAUAUUAUGUCAUGACACCAUAGUGCUCUUUCAAUGAUUCGUAUUAUGCCUAGUUUUCCGCUUAGCCUUAUAUUUAAAUUCCUAUGCAGUUGGUAUCUUUCAACAUCUUGGGCUGUUUUUAGAGAGAUGCUAUAAUAAAAUGAUCCCAUUUUUAAACAACAACAAGAAUUCCUCUCCCAAGGUACAGCAUUCAUAUUGAGUACUUUUAUUUCUUGAUUCUAUCCCUUCACCAAAUAAAUAGCAUCUCCAAGAGACUUAAUUUUCACAAAGUGGGAGGGGAAGCAUAGUUGUCUUUAAAGUACCUCUUAAUAAAUUCAUCGGUCAUGUCAUGAUGGAAAUGAUCUACUAAUUCACCCUUAUACAGUUGCAUUCAAGUAAUUUCUUCAUACUUCCUAAAUAUUGAAUGAAUUUAGAGAUAUUGGCCUUAAUCACUGUGCCUAAUUGACCAUUUCCCUGCUUCCACCCAAUUGAACAGUAUGUAAAUCUUCUUUAUUCCUAACAAGGUUUCUUUUUAAAUUAGAAGUAUUUUGAUGUUUUGAGUGUUUUUUUAAAAAAACUAAACAUGUUGCAUUUUGAGAUGAAUUUUAAAUAAAUUCAAAUUGUUCAGUU